CUCCGCCCUUGCUACAAGUUGCAGCACCUACCCAGCCCCCAGACUGCUGGUAUCAAGUCUCUCUGGCCUCUGCAUGAGUCCUCAUCUCCCUUAACCCACAAGAACAUUCAUCAGUGGAACCCCUUUCCAUGUCAAGGAGGCACUAACAUUCAAGGAUGUGUCUGUGGACUUCACUCGGGAGGAGUGGUGCCUCUUGUCCCCUCCCCAGAAGGAACUAUACAAGGAGGUGAUGUUGGAGAAUGCCCGGAACCUGCUCUCUGUGGGAGAUAUCAGACCUGAAAUGAAAGCGAAUCCAAGAGAGGUGAGCUUUCCUGUGGAAGAAAUGGAACUACAAAGAUUCAUGCGUCAUGGUCCCAAUAACUUUUCUUCCAGGGAAUUCUCUGUUGCACCUCAAAAUUCAUCUCAUAUUGAACAUCAAAGAAUGCACCCUAAGGGAAAAUCUAGUGAAAAAAAUCAGUGUGGAAAGAUUUUUAUGCACAGGGUCAGUCUUGCUGAACAUCAAAGAAUACACAGUGGGGAGAGGCUUUAUAAAUGCAAGCAAUGUGGAAAGGCGUUCAGUGUGAGCUCCAGUCUUGCUAGACAUCAGAGAAUCCACACUGGGGAGAAACCUUAUGAAUGCAUGCAAUGUGGAAAGACAUUCAGACAUAGCUCCACUCUUGCCGCCCAUCAGGGAAUCCACAGUGGGGAAAAACUUUAUAAAUGCACACAGUGUGGAAAGUCAUUCAGUCAGCGCUCACAUCUUGCUAGACAUCAGAGAAUCCACACUGGGGAGAAACCUUAUGAAUGCAAACAGUGUGGAAAGACUUUCCGACUGAGCUCUAGUCGUGCUGAACAUCAGAGAAUCCACAGUGGGGAGAAGCUUUUUGAAUGCAGGCAAUGUGGAAAGGCAUUCAGUGUAAUCUCCAGUCUAGCUACACAUCAGAGAAUCCACACUGGUGAGAAACCCUAUGAAUGCAAGCAGUGUGGAAAGACAUUCAGUCAGAGCUCCCAUCUUGGUACACAUCAGAGAAUCCACACUGGAGAGAAACCUUAUGAAUGCAAAGAAUGUGGAAAAACUUUUAGUCGGAACUCCAGCCGUGCUGACCAUCUGAGAAUCCACACUGGAGAGAAACCUUAUGAAUGCAAGCAAUGUGGAAAGGCAUUUAGUGUGAGCUCCAACCUUGCUGUACAUCAGAGAAUCCACACUGGGGUGAAACCUUAUGAAUGCAAGCAGUGUGGAAAGACAUUCAGUCAAAGCUCCUAUCUUGUUAUACAUCAAAGAAAACACUGGCAAGAAACAUUAUGACUGAAAACAAUGUGGAAAGACAUUCAGUCACAGUGCCAAUUUUGCUGUUCAUCAAAGAAUCCACACUGAAGGAACCUUACAAAUAAAAUCUAUUUGCAAAGAUGUUCAUAUUCAGCAAAGGUCUUACUACUCUUUGAAGGAAAUUCCCCCCCCCCCCUUUCUUGGGCAGCAUUGUUUAAUUAGAAAUCUCUUGCUCUAAAAACUGAUUCUCAGCACCCCAUUCUCAUCCUGUUUUUACAUGCUGACAUACACAGGAUUUAAAUUUAGAGGAGCCUUGCCUCUUGCUCUCCUCUUCUUGUGAGGGUAGCUAAGCACAUGGAGUUUUUUGAGCAUCUAG